AUGGCGGAGGCACUAAAUUACACGUGGGGGUAUAAUCGUCAUUGUACACUUUUUCGUUUGUUUGAAUUUGGAUGGGAAGAGGUUAUCGAGGAGUUCAAUCUAGAAGAUAACGAUUGGUUAUCUGAUAUUUUUUCUCUUGGGAAAUCAUGGAACCCUGUAUAUAAUAGGAUGGAGUCUUUGUCGCGUCUUAUGCGUACAACAUCGAGGUCCGAGAGUGAAAACCAUUUCUUUGGUCAAGUAUGUAAUUCCAAAUCUACUCUAGUAGAGUUUAUAACUCAUUAUGAAACAAAAAUAAAUGCACAACGUUAUAGCCUUCGAGAAAAUGAUCAUAAGACGCGCUACAAACGACCCGAACUGAAAAGUAAUUAUAACGUAUUGGAGAAUCAAGCUUCAGAGAUAUACACCAAAAGCAUUUUUCUGGAUAUACAAGUUGAGCUAAUCGUGAUUGGGAAUUGCAUACAUGCUCGUUAUGAAGAUUAUCCUGAUGGGUUUGUUAAGUUUUUCAUAAAUAAUUUUCAGCACCCAUGUUUGUCAUUAUUCGAGGUUAUGUUCGAAAAUCCGAUUGCACCAGCAGUUGUUCAUGUAGACGUUUUGAGCAGUUUAGGUUGUUAUGCAAACAUAUCUUUUUUGUUUUGA